AUGAAGUUUUAUACUAAAGUUGAUAUCCCCACCCAAAAACUAUUGUUACAACAAGUUCACCAAUUGAUCUCGGUUCGAUCUGCACAAGAAUGUUCAUUUAUAACUCCACCUUCAUUAUUAGAAGACAUGGAUGAUAUUAAAGUGAUAUAUCGUCAUUAUGCAACAUUAUAUUUUGUAUUUAUUGUAGAUGAUCAAGAAUCAGAAUUGGGUAUAUUGGAUUUGAUUCAAGUAUUUGUUGAAUGUUUAGAUAAAUGUUUUACUAAUGUAUGUGAAUUGGAUUUAGUAUUUGGAUGGCAAGUUUUACAAACUGUUUUAGAAGAGAUUGUACAAGGUGGAAUGGUUAUAGAUACAAAUAUUAAUCGAAUCGUGGCAGCUGUGGAUGAAGCCAACAGUCAAAAGAAUGGGAAUACCAAUGGAAAUACAAUCAGUGCAUCUAUACUACUGUCAUUAUCAAGAGACAGAGGAUUCUGGGGUAGGUAG